GUGUACCUCUGUGGAUGUGAAACAUUCGUCAGCCAGGUUGAAAUUUGAAAAGAUGCUGCAGCAGAAAUACCACCAGAUGAUGCUCAACCAGAGUAAACGUGAGAAGCGUCAGGAUUUUGCUCGACAGUCUGUGGAGAAGAUGGAUAAUGAGAUGGAGGCGUGGAGACAGGACCUGGUGCAUCGCAGGAAGCAGCUGGAGAGGAAGGCCAGCGAGAGUGUGGAGCGACGGCGACAAGAGGCGUCACAUAGACUCCAGGAGGAACGCAAGGCCAGGGACAAGGAACACAGAGUUAACAUAAAAAAGGUGCACAAGGAGCUGGCAAAAUGGGAACAUGGUCUGAGGUCUGAGAUUGAACUGAAGGACAAGAAGUCCCAGAUGUUGCAGGAAGAGAAGGAUGCAAAUAUCUUGCAGACAAGAGCAGUUGCUGAGGCAACGCAGAAGCUGAGAGAUGAUGUUCGCCACAAGUAUGACAAUGAAACAAUCGGUCAGAAGGCACUUCAAGCUGAGCUGUAUUCCAAGAUUGGCACAGGAGUUGUGUCUGCAGUAAAAAAUUCAUCAAGUUUACGAUUUGGCUAAGUGGGGACUGACUAUUACACAUCACUUCUGCUGAUGAACAUGUGAAGAACAUACUUCAAGACCAUGUUAAUAUCGACUGUUAAUCAUUCUGUCAUUUUCUCAAAAUUCCUUUCCUUUCUGUGAUGAUUUAAGGUGGACUUGUAAGAUGGAGGACCCUUGGGAUUUCUAAAUUUUUAGUGAGUGAGUAUGGUUUUAUGCCACUUUUAGCAAUAUUUCAGCAAUAUCACGGCAGGGAACACCAGAAAUUGGCUUCCCACAUUGUACCCAUGUGGGGAAUUGAA